AUGGCCGGCCUCAACCCCCAAAUCACCAACCUCAUCAUCAUCCUCGGCAUGAUGCAGGUGUCGAAGCGCAUUCCCUUCGACGACCCCUCUGUCCUCAUCGGCGUCCGCGGCAUCUACAUUGUCAGCAACGUCUUCAUUGCCGCCGUCUACCUCUACAUCCAGUCCCAGAUCAACAAGAAGAAGGACAUGACGACGCUCAAGUACGUCGAGCCACCGCCAAUGGGCUCUGCCGAGGAGGGCAAGCUCGUCACCACGACCGUGCACGCCUACGACCUGCAACAGAUUCGCACUGCCUUCCGUGGCCAGCUCAUGGGCGUCGCCAUGAUGGGCUUCAUGCACCUGUACAUGAAGUACACCAACCCUCUGCUCAUCCAGAGCAUCAUCCCCGUCAAGAGCGCCCUCGAGAGCAAUCUCGUCAAGAUCUACCUCUUCGGCCAGCCCGCCACCGGCGACCUCAAGCGACCCUUCAAGCAAGCCCAAGGUUUCAUGAGCGCCAUGCAGGGCGGCCAGGUCCAGAGCGACAAGAAGGCCAUCGAAGCGGCCGAGAAGGCGGGUCGUGGCGGCGUCAAGGAGGAGUAA